GCCACCUCCGGCCGCCGCCAUGCCGAUGAAGGGCCGGUUCCCCAUCCGGCGCACGCUGCAGUACCUCAACCAGGGCGACAUCAUCUUCAAAAGCUCGGUGAAGGUGAUGACCGUGAACUACAACACGGGGGGAGAGCUCAGCGAAGGGGCGAGAAAGUUUGUGUUUUUCAACAUCCCGCAGAUCCAGUACAAGAACCCCUGGGUGCAGAUCAUGCUCUUCAAGAACAUGACCCCCUCGCCCUUCCUCCGGUUCUACCUGGACAAUGGAGAACAAGUUUUGGUUGAUGUGGAAGAUAAAACCAACAAAGAGAUUACUGAGCACAUUAAGAAAAUCCUGGGGAAAAGCAAAGAAACGCUUGAAAAAGAGGAGAAGGAAAAGAAAAAACUGUCACAUCCGGGAACGUUUGGGCCCAAGAAGUACCAUCUGCGAGAAUGUAUGUGCGAAAUUGAAGGCCAGGUUCCCUGCCCUGCUUUUGUGCCACUGCCCAAAGAGAUGAGGGGAAAAUACAAAGCUGCAAUGAAAAAUGAAGCAUCAGCCUGAAAGCUCAAGCCAUGCAGUUGUUUUUCCUCGGGGCUGGAUAAUCAAGGUACUUCAGUGGGAAAAAGAACUAAAAGCUCCUGGAAACAGGAACAAACAAGUUCAUAUAAUACACGGGAGACAAAGUUUUCUCAGAGCUACAAUAAGAAUAAUUAAAGUGAAAAAUAAAUAGAAGCUGAAAGCCA